UCUGAGCUCAAACCUGUGCAGUAUUUCUUAACGGGAAUCAUUGAACUGUGACCACAGAUGAGCAGAAGCCGAAGGAUUAUUCAUAGGCUACAUUAUUCAUGUGCUCUUGUUAUGUGGAUGUUGAUGACGUAUCUGGAGCUCGCUGAAUUAAUCCGGUGUUAUGGGUGAGAAGCUCUGUUUAAUGCUGAUUCAACCCAAAUGUCAAUUUCAACAGAGUGAGACACCUGUCCUGUUAAAGCGAGUCACCACAAGAGCAUCACAUGACUGCACGCGUAACGCACUGCCGCGUGGAGGCGUGCGGGAGAGGGUCGUUGCCAUGACAGUAGAGUUUGCAAACUGCCCCGUUGCCAUCGAGCGAAUCGGACCGGAGCGCGCGCGUUCUCCGCAGUGCGGAUCAGACGGAGACCGAUCUCACAGCUGACGUCUCAACGCGAGAGAAUCGGACGCUUCAUCUGUUCUGGAAUUUGAUCCUGAAGCGUCAUGGGAACAUUCGGGAGCGCAGCGCUUCACCUGCAGGAUGACGAUGAAGAUUCUGACGAGGAGAACAAGGAAAAGCGUCUCCCUCCACUUCUCGAGGAUGAGGAGAAUGUUUCUCUGGCAGAUAUUCUGUGUUUGAGAGAUGAUGGUCUGACGGAACAGGAGUUGUGGGCGGUGUGUGUGGAGUGUGUGUGUUCUCUACAGAGCAUCUCUCUCUCUCCGCUCUAUCACACUCUCUGUAUAACACCCGACACGCUGGCCUUCAACGCUCACGGCAACGUGUGUUUCAUGGAACAGAUGAACGAUGAUCCUGAUGGCUGUUUUAUUCCUCCAGAGUUUGAUAAGACUGGAAACACGUUCGAGUCUCUCUCUGUCUGUCAGGGUCACAUGUUCUCGUUAGGCUCCUCCCUCUCAGCAGCGUUGAAUUACAUCACUGAUGUUGAGCUUGAGUUGAGUCCAGGGAGCACACGUCUGCUGAAACAGAUGCAGAUGGAGAAACCUGAGGACAGACCACGUCUGCAGGAUGUGAUGUCACAGGCGGAGGUCGUGCUCGGUAACGUCUCGCCGGCAUCCGUCUGUCGGAGUCUCUCUGCCAUCGGCCGAAGGGUUCUGUCCAUAGAGUCAGUCGCCGCCUUUCAAGACGGAUGGGAGAAAUCCGCUCAGCAGUUUGCGGAACAUAAAAUCUCCAGAUCAAACUCUGUGGAGAAUCCGAGCGCUGACGGUGUGAUGAUCAGAAACUUCUCGUGUGAUUCGUGUGAUGGAUCUGGAGGUUCAUCAGACAGCAGGUCUCAGAACAGCUCGCCGGUCCACAGGAGGAGUCAGGGGAGGAGGUCGGGGAGACCGAGGAGAGCCCUCAACCGCUCCUGCUCCGUCCCGGACUCCAACAACCCUCCGGCGUUCUCUCCGCACGCACCCAUCAGCAUGAUGAUGGCCGACCUCUCGGACAUCACAGAGGAGGAGAGCGCAGCGACGGGCUGGAACGGCAGACUGCAUCGGGUCGCACUGAAGAAAGAGGUUAAGACUUCAGAUUCAGAGCGAGAGGAAUCAGAGACAGCAGACCACACACCCGAACCACCCGACACACAGCAGACCCAUCACGCUGGAGACGAGGAAACCCGGGAGGACGCAGAUCGGCGCGCUGGCUCAAACCACAUGAGCAGAAGUAUGAUGUGUCUCAAUGUAGAGUUUCAGAACACAGAGUGGAUGUCAUUGCCAGAUGUUCUCUCUCAGUCUUCUCAGCCGUUCUCUGUGAAUGAGCUCUGGGCUUUAUGCCACAUGUGUCUCACAACACUUCAGACCUACACCGACCUGCCAGAUUACCUGUGCCUGGACUCUGUGUAUGUGACCCGUGAAGGAGAAAUGCUGUUUAUGAGACCUAAAAACAAAGCCUCCUGUGAUGUGUUUUUCAUGGCUCCUGAAUUUCAAGCACACGGAAUUGUGACAGAAAAGGCGUGCGUGUACGGGGUGGCAGCCAUCCUCUGGACCACAGCAAAGUUUCACUUGUCUCCGAAUCAAAAGCUGGCCAUGCCGAGAAAACUCAAGAGACUUCUGCUGGAGAUGGCCAGAAAAACUCCGGUGGAACGACCGUCCAUUGAAACCGUGAAGAAGUGUUGCCGUGACUACCUCGCCCGUCAGGGAACGGAUGCAGAGAUGGUGUGGACGGAGCUCAUCCGCAGAUUACAGCAGGCGUUGGUUGGCUGUAGAGAUCAAACAUCUUCUCCUGAGUGUGCUGAAAACACAUCUGAUCCACACUUGGGAGAAGAUCAGACAGGUUUUGUCUCAUUGGUCAGUGAAGGCCGGAUGGCUCCUGUAACCGGUCCUGUUCCUCAUCAUAACAUCACACUGCCAGAGGCCUUCACAUCUCCUGCUACACACUUCAGUCCCAUAGUUCUGACCCCAAACACCCUCGAAGCUGAUCAUCAAUCUGAGCGCUCCGUCUUUACACAACGACUGACUGACUCUGUGACUCAGUGUCCUGACAUCAGUGAUUCUGAUCAUCAGUCUUGUUCAGAUGCUGUGGAAAGAGCAUCAGUGUCACUCCAGUGUUAUUCCAGUGAGGGAUGUGACCAGUGUUCGCCUCUGCCUUCGUCUCCACCAUCAGCACCAGAAGAAAACCUGCAGGAGAUCAAAACACAACUCAAAAUCAAACCCAGACGAGCCGUCCAUGAAAGUGAGCCAGACGAAACCGUGUUUGGCAUCAGGAGGGAAGACACACAGGAAGUGAUGUCACAGGCUCCCCUGUAUGACAGCAAAGAGGUGAGUGAGCAGGGGUCCUGUGCUCUGCUUGAGAUGCAGUUCAGCAUAGAUCCUGAAGGGGGCACCGGCGAGUGUGUUCCUGAAACUGAACCCCUUUGGCACAGAAGUGAGCUGGAGGAAGGUGGAGGUGCUGGACUCACACCGGACUGUUUACAAGCACACAUGGAUGAUUCUGACUCUCUGAUCUCUGACCGGACCCUCUCUGGCUCCACGGACCCCCGGGACCCCCCGCACGACCCCGCCUGGGCUCUGGCUCUGUACGGAGAGGACAGCUUCAGUCAGGACGUGUUGAAUUAUGCUCAGAAACUCUGCAGUCACUGUGAAUCUCCGUCUCUGGAGGAUAAAUCACAGGAGCUUCAGCAGCAGUUGCUUAUUGAAAGCAGAAAUCUGAAAAAGACCAGAAACUUCCUUCACAAACUAAUACACCAGGAGAGAAGAAAUAAAGGUUCGGACACAAAGCUGAUGAUGUCUAAAGUCAAGCUGCAGUUUGAUGAGCUGAGAGAUAAAGUUCAGUUUCUACAGUCUGUGAAGAAAUAUCUCCAGGUUUUACGGGUGGAUCAGUGGGGUUUGUCUCUCUCGCUCCUGCCGGCUCUGGCUGUUUGCGGAUAUUCAUCUUCAGUUCUUCAGUCCUCUGAUGAUCCAGCGGUUUUGAGUUCUGUACGUGGCAAACACGGCCCGCUCGUGACGGCCUCGGCCGCGGCUCUGAUGGCUUACCUGUACGCCAGGAAAGCUCAUAUCGAGGGAUACAUCCGACAGUUUUUCUACACGUUUCGCUACUUCUGCACACCUGAAGAGCUGCUGGAGUUUCUCAUGGACAAAUAUAACAGCACGCUGCGAGCGACAGAAGAUCAGACGUCAGACUGUGUCAGAGUUCAUCAGAGGACUGUGGAUUUAUUACACAUGUGGAUGGAAGACGCUCUGUCACUGGACUUCAGCUGCAGCUCUCGUCUCCUUCAGACUCUGGAGAGUUUUCUGACCUCUAAGGUAGCUCCUGUCCACAGUCGAGGGGAACGUUUGCUCUCCAUGCUCCAGGCCACACCCAGGAAGAGGCGUGUCUGUGGGCUGUCGUGUGCGGGCGACGCCUCCAUCAGCCGUUCAGAAUAUGAGGACGUGAACUCCCUGUGUAGGAAAUCACGCAUCGAAGACGCCGCUCGACAGAUCUUGCAUCGGCGCGUGUCACGUGUGCCGGAGCCUCAGACGGAUCAGACGUUCUCCAUCGCCGCAGCUCUACCUCGACCCUGUUAUGUGUCGUUCAUGAGAUCAGACGAGACGCCGACCUUCAGUCAGACUGAACACGCAGCGCUUCACACCGCACAACAGCUCACCUUACUGGAGCAGAAAAUGAACCGGAUGACAAUCCUGAAAUAUUUCCUGCAUAAAUAACAGAACAUGAGAGAA